AUGCCAAAGAUCUGCAAAGAACAUAUAUUCAGCGAGCACUCCAUUUACCACUCACGGGAGGUUCUUCCACAACCCUGUGCACAAGUUCGAGCAAUCAUAUUCGGUCCCCACCCAGAUACUCCCUUCAGCACGUUUUCGUCCUUUUCCCGACGCGUGUGUGGUUGGCGUGUGUGGAAUGCUGAGCAACCCACGCCUUCGGCUGUCUCCCACUGCCAGGUCGUCAUUGGAGUCCUGUGCGGGAUUGGCAAAGUCUCCACAGAUACGGUCUCCAACACCACAUUUAGCGAGUGGAAGCUGACCGAUUUGGACCUGGACUCCCCUGCUGAGGCCACCCUUGUCAUGACUGGCCGUGCUUUAGAGCACUGGAGCUCUACAGGGGCCAAGGUGGGAGACAUCUUGGCCGUGCUGAACCCUCAGCUCUCUUGCCGCAGUGGGGACCCGGAGGUGCCAGACGUGAAUAGCGCGCCACCGCUCCGCGGUGAGUUGAAGCACCCAACCGCCACGACCUUGCCAGAAUUGCCAGAGACAUCUGCCUCGUUGCCUUCAUCGCCUUCGAAGGUUGAUAGGAAGAAAGCCAACAAGUCAGCUACCACUCGAUCGUUGGGGGCGCCCUCACCGACAUCGCCCAACUCAGUGGCCUCGCAUGUGGAGGGGAUUGAGGGCCUGUCCGAAAGCUACCGGCUGCUGAUUAUACGUUUGGUGCAGCAGCACCUGGAGGAAAUGGCCGCCCUGGAGGACAAGAUCAAGCUCGAAGAGUUUGAAAGGCGCUUGGACUACAACAUGAUGUCGGACACCUGCACGUUAAGUGGUGGCAAGUCCGACGAGGUGCGCCGACAAUUCGAAAAGAUCUCGAGUCGCACUUCGACCUUCGCGAAGAAGCACCGCCGAGAGAUCAAUGCAGAUGAGGUCCUCGAUGCGAUGGGCGAUGAAGAGGAGAUCGAGGAGCUCUUUAAAGCGGAUCCAUUGCAAGAAGGACUUGUGGAAGAAUCAGAACCUCACCUAGUGUUGACCAGAGGGGCCAGGUUUGAGGCAUGGUUGCAGUCCACCUCCUUCGACAUGGUGAUUGCCGGCAUGGUCUUUGUGAACGUCCUUUGGAUGGCCCUGAAGUUGCAGAUUGAUGGCUCCAUCACAGGGAAUGAGAUGGGCAUCUAUGCAGACCCUCCAAUGAGCAAACAAAGUCAAGAUGAGUGGCAGGUGGUCACCAUGUGGGGCGAUGCGCUUUUUGCAGGCCUUUUUACGUUGGAUGUGGGCAUCCGGAUUGUGAUCCUGAGGUUUCACUUCUGGAGAUUCUGGCUGAAUUACGUGGAUGUGGCCGUGACGAUCGUGUCGAUCAUGGAGGUACUGAGCUAUUACGCCAUCCCCAUCAAAAUCAAUGCGGCCCUCUUCCGGCUGUUGCGCAUCGGGAAGUUGGCACGGGCGGUGCGCAUGUUGCCGGUCACGAAUGCCUUGGGGUCGCUUCAGUUGCUUGUCAAGGGCCUUGUGGCAAGCAGGGGUAUGCUUUUCUGGAGCUUUUGCCUGCUGACCUUUCUUCAAUGUGUUGCUGGGAUGAUCAUCAGCACUUUGUGUCGUGACUACCUUUUGGAGCGCGUGUCGGAAGCGGCGAACUCUGUGGAAGUGCGAGAUGUGUUCACACGCUAUGGCACCUUCUCCAGAACGAUGUUGACGAUGUUUGAAAUAUUAUUUGCGAAUUGGGGCCCGCCGGCGCGUAUUUUGGUGGACAAUGUCAGUGAGUGGUAUUCCAUUUUUUUCCUUCUGUACAGGUGUGUCUUAGGCUUUGCCGUGAUCAAUGUGGUCAACGCGAUUUUUGUGCAACAGACCUUGAAGACAGCCAGUUCUGAUGAAGAGCUCUCCUUCAGACAGAAAGAGAAAGACAUCCAGCUGUAUGCCAGCAAGGUGAAGAAGCUCUUCCAAACGAUGGAUUUCUCUGGGGAUGGAGCUAUAAACCUGGAGGAGUUUUCGAAGCUGGUGAAGUCACCCAAAUUGAAGUUUUGGAUGAGCCAACUCGAACUGGAGUACCACGACUUGCUGAGCCUCUUCGAGUUUCUGGACAAUGGCGAUGGGCAAAUCACUUUGACCGAGUUCAUCGAGGGCGCCGCAAGGCUCCGUGGUGGAGCCAAGGCGCUGGACAUUUGGCGCAUCGAGACCAAGUUGGAAGUGCUUUUCGAGGAAGUGCUGAGCAUCAUGAAAUGCUUCAAGGUAGAGAAAGGAAGCCGAAGGCCCAGCGUUCAAUCGAACAAAGAGGGCGAGCCGAUUGCCUCCGGGUCCCAGUCCAUUGUGCAGGACGUGUUCAACAACUCUUUGUACCGGCACAUUCAAAGCACAUCCAGGAACAGGCAGCGCAGCCACGAAGCAUCAUGA